AUGGAAGAAAGUGGUUGUGCAAGUCGUCCAUGCCUACAUAAUUCAACAUGUGAAAAUUUAAUUGGUACCAAUCAAUUAUCAACUUAUCGAUGUCAUUGUCGAAUUGGUUAUAUCGGUCGAAAUUGUGAAGUUGCUAUUGUUACAUCUUGUGAACGAAAACCAUGUAUACAUGGUCAAUGUUUAAAAAUUGAUUUAUAUACAGAAAUUUGUAUUUGUGAAGAGAAUUGGACUGGAAUUGAUUGUUCACAAGCUUUAUUCAUUCCUGCAACAAUUACUCAAUUAGCUGAUUCAACGAGAACAUUUGAUACUGUUACAAGAAUACCAUCUGUACCAAUAGCAGCAAUAAAACCAAUGAAAAAUUUAACACUUACACCUUUAACUGAUGAUUUACGUGAUUAUCUUGAUUGGUUAAAUGAAUAUUAUGCAAUAAAUAGACUAACAAAUUCAUAUCAAUCAAUUACAACAUCAGCAACAUUUCAUAAAAAUAAUUAUUCGCCAUGUUCAAGUGCCCCAUGUCACCAUAAUUCCACUUGUGUUAUUCAAUCUGAACAUAGUUUUCAAUGUCUUUGUUCACCUUCAUUUAUUGGAGUCUAUUGUGAAAUUGAAAUAUUAAAUAUUGCACAUUUUCAAACAAAUCCAUGUCAAAAUUCACCAUGUCAACAUCAGAGUAUUUGUGUAACAAAAUCCAAUCAUGAUGUACAAUGUAUAUGUCGACCACAUUAUACAGGCAAAUAUUGUCAAAAUCCUCCACCAUUUAAACCACCAUCAUCUAAUCGCCAAUGUACUCGCAUUUGUCGUAACGGCGGUAUUUGCUUUAUUGAUGAAUCCAAUAAAGAAUUAUGCAUAUGUAAAUCAUCUUAUACAGGUUUCUACUGUGAAUUAUCAAAAAGUAAUUGCAACGAUUCAUCAUGCAAUAUUGAUCCAUGUAUAUCGAAUCCAUGUUUAUCCAAUGGUACAUGCCGAUCAAUAAUAUCAUCAAUCAAUUAUACUUGUUCAUGUCUUGAACAAUAUACAGGUGACCGAUGUGAAUUUUAUAUAGAAUCAGAUUCAACAUAUGUUUUAUCACGUGAUAUUGCAUUAAAUUAUGAUGAAAAUAAUGCUAAAAAUUCAACAGAUCUUUGGCCAUUAGCUAUUGUAUUUGGUUAUGUAUUUUCUUUAAUGUUAGUUUUUAUUAUUAUUUGGUUUUUAUGGUAUGGAUUAACAAUUCGUCCUCAAUCAUAUUUUCGUUCUGAUAUUCCAUAUGGUGAACGUACUACGGAUCGUUAUCAACCAUAUCGUUUAGGUGUUAGUAAUCCACUUUUUUUUAUUAAUCAAGAAUAUAAUUCAAAUCCAAUAUCAAAACCUUUUUCAAAUUAA